AAUAAUUCUAUUUAUGACUACAUCCCUAUGAAAGCAUGAAGUUCACAUUCUCACUCACGGAUGUUCUCUGAUCAUUCAAACGCAGUCUUGUUGCCAAUGCUAGCACUUUCAUGAAAUGCCUCCAGGUUUCUGAAAAAUCCAUCCAAAUCGUAAGAUAGAAAACACAACUAUGCGUUUCGUCUCCUUCACUUCCUCCUCUUUCUGUAACUUCGUAUCCCGCCAUUUUAGUUCUCUACCAAAGCUUCGGCAGCUCCGAAGAAUCCCCUCUAGGUAUCGCAGCAGAGCUAUCUUACAAGCUCAACAAGUUCUGACUGACUAUCUCCACUCCACCAGAUCAUUAUCCUUCGACCACGCAGAGAACAUUAGCAAGAACUCAUUGUUUUCCCUCUCUGAACUCAUCUCCAAAGUCGAAUUCUCGCCUUCUAACUUUUUCAGAAACUUUCAGAGGUUCCUCAGGUACCACCCCAUCAACGAGAUUGAGUUUUUCUUCGAAAGCAUCGGCGUCCCUCCUUCGGAGAUCAACGGUUUCUUGCCUUCCCAUGAAUUCUUCUUGUCGGAGGAAGGGAACAUUUUGAAGAUCGCUGGUGCGCUUUCGGUAUGUGGAUUCCCUUGGAACAAGCUAGGAACGCUAUAUAAGGAGGAAAUUUCCAUUUUCUCUAGGAGCCCCGAAGCUCUAACUGCUCAGCUCCGUGAAUUCAGAGCAGUUGGCUUUGAUAGUAUUGCAGUGUCCGGUAUAUGUUUGGCUUUUCCUUUUGUGUUGAGUGGAAAUGAUGAACUGAGCGGUGAGAUUGAUGCCUUGUUUGAUGAUUUGAAAAGGGUUUUUCUUGAUUUCGGUCUGGCAAGUUCUGUGGAGUGGAGUACCGAUGCUUGGUAUGAAAUUUGCAAGAAAAUUAGGGUUUUUUAUGAUAUUGGAUGCGAGAGGGGGAAAAUGGGAGAAUUGUUUGGCAGGAGAAAGAACAUUUUUCUUGAACACACGGAAGGGGUUUUGGUCCAAAAAGUAGAUUAUUUCUGUAGAUUUAGUGUGAGAAGGGAGGAUGUGGGUUUAUUGCUACUCCAGUAUCCGGAGAUUUUACACUAUGAUUUAGAGAGCCCGGUGAUAUCAGCAUUGGAUUUUCUGAAACAUAUUGGGUUGAGCAGUGAGAAACUGAAUUCUAUUGCAGAGCAGUACCCUUAUGUUUUGGGUAAGAACAGGUUGGCUAAUGUACCUCAUUUGAUGAGAGCAGUGAAUCUUCACCAAUGGUUCUUCAAUAAGAUAAUGAAUGGGGAUCAUCACUUGUUAAUUAAUUUUGUUGCCAGUGAUCCUGAUGAAGACUUGGAGAAAGAAUUUAAAGAUAGCUUGGCCAGAUUCCUAACACCAAAAGCCCAAAAUCUGACAAUUGGUAAGUUGAAUUUCUUGCUUGGUAUUGGGUUUGGGGAGAAUCUCACUACAAUAAAAGCCUUAUCACGCAUACAUGGCUCAAGGGCUGAGCUACAGGAGCGAUUUGAUUGCCUUCUGCGCUUAGGAGUUGAAUUCACCAAGCUGUGUAAGAUGGUUAACAGAUGGCCAAAGAUCCUCAACCAGAAUCCAGAUGUGAUUGAGCAAAAGGUGAAUUUCCUCUGCAAUGAUAUAGGGAGCUCUCUGCAGACCCUCAAUGCUUUUCCUGGUUAUCUAUGCUUUGAUUUAGAAAACAGGAUCAAACCCAGAUUUAGAAUCCAUAUGUGGCUAAAGCAGAUGGGCCUAGUUACAAAAAACUAUUCUAUCGCAAGCAUCAUUGCCGAUUCUGAGAAGAAGUUCAUAGCUCGCCUUUUCAACAUUCACCCUGCUGCCCCAAAACAAUGGUUGGAGUGUUUCUCAUGUAAAAACCUUGGAAAUAGUCAACAAGAGACAACCACAACAUAAUACCUACCCAGCUUGUAGGAUUAAUUAACGGUUAACUGCAGAAAACAUUGUCAGAAAAAACCAGUUUUGGAUCAUUUAUCUGAUAUAGCUUGCCCAGAUCCUGGCACAUUGUAUAGGAUCUAGGUUAUGAUCAUUCAGGAUCAUCACUGGAGGCUAACUGGAUGGAAACAGUGGCAUGAUGCCUGUCUGUCAUGAUUUCUCAUCAUAAUUACUCAAUCACCUCCGGUUGCAGUCAUGAACCAUUUUGGAGGUAUGGUAUUUGUACCAUUAUCCUAUUGAAUCUGUCACAAUGAAAUACUAUAAAAUCUCUGACACCAACACACCAUUGGAGUCCUGAUGAAAUUUUGUGUCAUAAUAAUAUUUUGCUUACACUCCUGGUCCAUUUGUAACCACAUACAUCUAUGACCAACACAAUUAUGAGUAAACUACUAUUUUGAUUGUAAUGCUUUGAUUCAAGAAUUCUAUCCUUGUAAAUCUGUUCAAUUGUAAACAUAUAUAUGUCCUUUUAUUUUAAACAUU